AUGUUUAUAUGGACCAGUGGCCGGACCUCUUCAUCUUACAGACAUGAUGAGAAAAGAAAUAUCUACCAGAAAAUCAGGGACCAUGACCUCCUUGACAAGAGGAAAACUGUGACAGCACUGAAGGCUGGGGAGGACCGGGCUAUCCUUCUGGGACUGGCCAUGAUGGUGUGCUCCAUCAUGAUGUACUUCCUGCUGGGAAUCACGCUGCUGCGCUCCUACAUGCAGAGUGUGUGGACAGAGGAGGCUCAGUGCACCCUGCUGAACGUGUCGAUCACAGAAACAUUUAACUGUUCCUUCAGCUGUGGGCCCGACUGCUGGAAGCUCUCUCAGUACCCUUGCCUGCAGGUCUACGUCAACCUGACUUCUUCCGGGGAGAAGCUCCUCCUCUACCACACGGAAGAGACCAUGAAAAUCAAUCAGAAGUGCUCCUAUAUUCCUAAGUGUGGAAACAACUUUGAAGAGUCCAUGUCCCUGGUGAAUGUCGUCAUGGAAAACUUCAGGAGACACCAACACUUCCCCUGCUAUUCUGACCCGGAAGGAAACCAGAAGAGUGUCAUCCUGACCAAACUCUACAGCUCCAAUGUGCUGUUCCAUUCUCUCUUCUGGCCGACUUGUAUGAUGGCUGGGGGCGUGGCGAUUGUUGCCAUGGUGAAACUCACUCAGUACCUCUCCCUACUCUGUGAGAGGAUCCAACGGAUCAAUAGAUAAAAGAAAAAAAAAAUCAUGGAU